AUGGCCGCGACAACAGACAACCCCUUUGUGGACCCCAUCAACCCCUCGUUUGACGGUGGGAGAAGUGCUGGGAAUUCCUUUGCCGUCGACUCUACGCUGGCUGUAGGACGCAAUGCUUCUCUCACGCUGGGGACGGACUCUUUGAUUGUAUUGGGAACCGCAAAUACCCGCGCCAUCCCCUUCUACAACAUCCUCUGGGCCGCCCUCGCCGACUCCACCCUCACAAUCUCCUAUGCCUCCCCCUCCGCCAGAUCCCGCGUCCAACCCGCAAUGUUGUCCUACCCUUUUGAAUACCAGGCCGUCGAACUGGUCAACAAAUGGGUCUCCAAACUGCUCGACCGCUCCUACGGCGAAUCCCAGAAACAGAAACGCGCCAAAGUCCUAGUAAACCCACAUGCCGGCAAGGGCAGCGCGGAAAAGUGGUAUAAGAGGGAUGUAGAGCCGCUUCUGAGGGCGAGUAAAUGCGAUAUCGAUAUGGUGAAGACGAGGCAUGGCGGGGAGGCGGUGGAGAUUUGCGAGAAACUUGAUAUCGAGGCCUUCGACAUGGUGGUUGCUUGUUCGGGGGACGGACUGGCGCAUGAGGUGUUCAAUGGACUGGGCCGACGGGCUGAUGCGAAGAAGGCGCUGAGCAAGAUUGCGGUUACGCAUGUACCGUGUGGCAGCGGGAAUGCAAUGAGUUGUAAUCUCAGCGGAACGGAUAGUCCGAGUUUGGCGACGCUGGCUAUUAUCAAGGGGAUUCCGACGCCGCUGGACUUGAUCAGUAUUACGCAGGGGGAGACGAGGACGCUGAGCUUUCUCAGCCAGAGCGUGGGCAUCGUGGCCGAAAGUGAUCUGGCGACGGAACAUCUCAGGUGGAUGGGCGCAAUGCGGUUUAACUACGGCUUCCUGUCGAGACUAGUGGGGAAAACGGUGUAUCCGUGUGAUCUCGCUGUCAAGGUUGCGAUUGAAGGCAAGGAAGAGAUCAAGGAGCAUUAUAAGAGGGAGAAGGGGAAUCAUGAGCCGCCGAGUGAGAGGAGGGGUUAUAGGAGCUUGAUGGAAGAUGAUGCGAGUUCGAGUAGUGGAUAUGAUGAAGGGCUCCCUGCGCUGAGAUACGGGACGAUCAAUGAUAAAUUGCCAGAGGGAUGGGAGUUGGUGCCUUAUGAUAAAUUGGGGAAUUUUUAUUGCGGGAAUAUGGCAUACAUGGCCUCAGACGCCAACUUCUUCUCCCCCGCUCUCCCAAAUGACGGCUUCAUGGAUCUUGUGUGCAUAAACGGUGACAUCUCCCGCCUAGCAGCCAUCCAGAUGAUGCUGGCCGUCGAAUCCAACAAACUGUUCAGCAACCCGGGUGUCUCAUAUCGGAAAGUGCUCGGCUACAGGAUCAUCCCCAAGAACCAGCCAGAUGGCUACAUCAGUAUCGAUGGGGAGAGAGUCCCUUUCGCGCCCUUUCAAGCAGAGGUGCACAAGGGGCUAGGCACUGUGUUGAGUAAGAGUGGCCAUAUGUAUGAAGCGCCUGGGCCGCUGUAG